UUUCUUUUGAAAUCAUGAGCGAUUUUUAAAAUAGAUAAUAUUUUACAUCAACAUCUUCUAGAUAAUAUACAUCAGGGACAAAGGAUAAUGUUAGAAGUACAACUUAAGAAAAAGUGGAAUAAAUAAUUAAUCGUGAGACUCCAAAAGUAUAGGUAAAAUAGUUUUUAUUUAAAAUUAUUUUAGACAAGAACAGUAGAAGUAGAACAGAGAAGUGCUUAAUAAUAUCCAAGAAUGCAAUCUCAAUAAAUAUUGAGAACUUAGACAUAAGGUUUUGUAGGAGGUUAAAGUUACGUUUCAAAUAUGGCGGCUAUACCUUAGAUUGGAUAUUAAGGAAAUUAUUAAGUAUAAUAAAAUUGUGUGGCUGCUUAAUAAUUAUGCAUGAAUGUGAUAGUUGUUUCAAAGGAAGAAAUUGAAGCUCCUUGGAGAUUAGAAUGUGAAUACUUACAAUCUUUAAUUGCAGAAUUGGAAAAGAGAAAGGAAGUUUAAGUAGUAGAGAAAAUUGUAGAGAAAGAGAAAAUAGUAACAGAUAACUCGAAAGUUUAAUUAUUAGAGUCUUAAUUAAGAUAAUUAAGAUUAGAGAAUGAUUAGUUGACUGUUUAAUUAUAAUCAAUGAGAGGAGAAAUUUAAUUGAGGAGUUCAUAAGCUGAUGAUUUAGAAACUAAAGAAAGAGAAUUUUUUAAUAUGAGAAUAUAAUUUGAAUAAUAAAUUAGAGACUAUGAAGAUAAGAUUAGAAGAUUAUAAUAGGAAAAUACAAAUUUAAGAAUGGAAAAUGAAGAUUUGAUAUAAAAAAUAAGAAAUUUGGAAGUAAGAUAUAUUAAUAGAUUUAGGUGAAAGUAGCAAUGCUUUCUUCAGAAAUUGAAAGAUUAUCGUAUACAAUAAAAGUGAAAGAGGGAGAUUUAGAUGAUUGGAAAUUUAGAUAUGCUGAUUUGGAAUCUUAAGGUUCAACAGUUUUUCAAGAAAAAGUAACUUAUCUAUCAUCAGAAGUGGAAGUCUGGAAAUAAAAAUUUAUUAAAGUUAAUCAUGAUUAUAAUGAAUGUUAAGAAUAAUUAACUAUGUGUUAAGCUGAAUUGGAAGCCUUAAGAAAAGCAUAAAAGAAAGUAAAUAAAUAAUUCUAAUUUAUUAUAGGAAGUUGUAGUAACAAGUUCAAAGGUAGUAUCAAGAACAGGAGGAACAACAACUACAUCAUCAAUAGGUUAAACAAGAUCCAGCAGAACAUAUGAAUAAUUUUAACCAUGAGAUUAUCAAUAUAAUGCACA